AUGGAGAUGUGGAGGAGAGUGAGGCAGGACAGUGAGAUAGGUUUUUAUGAAGAAGGUGUAGAUGUGAAGGACAGUGACAGAGGUUGUUAUGAAGAAGGUGGAGAUGUGAAGAACAGUGAGAUAGGUCGUUAUGAAGACGAUGGAGAUGUGGAGGAGAGCGAGAUAGAAGAUGGAGAUGUGGAGGAGAGUGAGAUAGGUCGUUAUGGAAAAGAUGGAGAUGUGAAGGACAGUGAGAUAGGCCGUUGUGAAGAAGGUGGAGAUGUGAAGGACAGUGAGAAAGGUCGUUAUGAAAAAGAUGGAGAUGUGGAGGAGUGCGAGAUAGGUUGUUAUGAAGAAGGUGGUGAUGUGGAGGAGUGUGAGAUAGGUCGUUAUGAAGAAGAUGUAGAUGUGAAGGACAGCGAGAUAGGUUGUUAUGAAGAAGAUGGAGAUGUGAAGGAGAGUGAGAUAGGUUGUUAUGAAGAAGAUGGAGAUGAGAAGGACAGUGAGAAAGGCCGUUGUGAAGAAGGUGGAGAUGUGAAGGACAGCGAGAUAGGUUGUUCUGAAGAAGGUGGAAAUGUGGAGGAGAGCGAGAUAGGUUUUUAUGAAGAAGGUGGAGAUGUGGAGGAGAGCGAGAUAGGUUGUUAUGAAGAAGAUGGAGAUGUGAAGGAGAGUGAGAUAGGUUGUUAUGAAGAAGAUGGAGAUGUGAAGGACAGUGAGAAAGGACGUUGUGAAGAAGGUGGAGAUGUGAAGGACAGUGAGAUAGGUCGUAAUGAAGAAGAUGGAGAUGUGAAGGAGAGUGAGAUAGGUCGUUAUGAAGAAGGUGGAGAUGUAGAGGAGAGUGAGGCAGGUUUUUAUGAAGAAGAUGGAGAUGUGAAGGACAGUGAGAUAGGACGUUAUGAAGACGAUGGAGAUGUGAAGGAGAGUGAGAUAGGUCGUUAUGAAGAAGGUGGAGAUGUGAAGGAGAGCGAGAUAGGUUGUUAUGAAGAAGGUGGAGAUGUGAAGGACAGUGACAGAGAAGAUGGAGAUGUGAAGGGCAGUGAGAUAGGCCGUUAUGAAGAAGGUGGAGAUGUGAAGGACAGUGAGAUAGGUCGUUAUGAAAAAGAUGGAGAUCUGGGCGACAGUGAGAUAGGUCGUUAUGAAGAAGGUGGAGAGGAGAGUGAGGCAGGUUUUUAUGAAGAAGAUGGAGAUGUGAAGGACAGUGAGAUAGGCCGUUAUGAAGAAGGUGGAGAGGUGAAGGACAGUGAGAUAGGUCGUUAUGAAGACGAUGGAGAUGUGGACGACAGUGACAGAGAAGAUGGAGAUGUGAAGGAGAGUGAGAUAGGUCGUUAUGAAGAAGGUGGAGAUGUGGAGGAGUGUGAGAUAGGUCGUUAUGAAGACGAUGGAGAUGUGGACGAUAGUGAGAUAGGUUUUUAUGAAGAAGGUGGAGAUGUGAAGGACAGUGAGAUAGGUCGUAAUGAAGAAGAUGGAGAUGUGGAGGAGAGCGAGAUAGGUUGUUAUGAAGAAGAUGGAGAUGUGGACGACAGCGACAGAGAAGAUGGAGAUGUGAAGGACAGUGAGAAAGGCCGUUGUGAAGAAGGUGGAGAUGUGAAGGACAGUGAGAUAGGUCGUAAUGAAGAAGAUGGAGAUAUGGAGGAGAGCGAGAUAGGUUGUUAUGAAGAAGAUGGAGAUGUGGACGACAGUGACAGAGGUCGUUAUGAAGAAGGUGGAGAUGUGGAGGACAGUGAGAUAGGCCGUUAUGAAGAAGCUGGAAAUGUGGAGGAGAGUGAGAUAGGUCGUUAUGAAGAAGAU